CGGUACGCUGUGUAGCGGGUCUUUGGGUAAUAUUUUCUAUCUCUCAUUCAGGCAGUUAUACGUUGGUUUGUUCGCAUGUAAAACUUCAGAGUGCUUUUCAUUGGAAAGGGUAAAUCAUUUUUAACCGUUUAACCUAGUCUCUAUCAUUUUUUCUUCCUUGAAAUCCAACUAAUCGCUUAAAUUAAUUUUCCCUAGUGCAGUAUGGAAUCCAACUCCAUUUGCAGAGGUUCCUUAAGUUAUAGCUUUUUUCUCGCUGAGCUACCUGUAAUUGUUACUAAAUCAUAGAGAUGCUAAUCAAAAUUUACUGUUUUAAGCAUACAAACACGUCAACAAGAUUCUUAAUAAAAAUUAAAACUCUUAUUUGACAAACUGAGCAUUCUAACUUCCAAAUUUGCCUCUAGGUAGCGCUUGAAACCUUGCAUGACGUCAUUAACAUAUUUCAUUUAUACAGAAUUUAUGUAAUCAGCCUUGAACUUUCAUUGUUAAAUUAAGCAGUUUUUUCAUGCUUAUCGCUAUUUUCAUAAAUUUUUAUUAGUUACUAAGUCUUGACUGAUACAUGAGUGAAUAACUGACAAGUCCCUGGCCAGGAAAUCAAUUUUGAAACGUGUUAUUUCCAACUUGACAGAAAGUACCAUUUUGCGAUUCGGUUGACCUACUAAUUGAACCCCGUUAAAAUUACUACUAAAAUCCAACAAAACUUAAAUCGAAAUCAGUGUUUUUAAUAAAAUUCAACAUAAAAGGAUUAACUUUGAAAAAAAACAUUGCGCACAUUCUCGGAAAUCGAAGUGGCAUCGACGCAAUGGCGGUUGCGCGAAGGCCGCGGAAGAAUUUUUCAAAUCAGUUUAAAUGACCUUUUUUCGAAACAUUGACCUCGAUGAUGUCCCACAGCAACACGGAUCUCAAUAAUACAUUUCACCAUUUUUUUUUCGAAUCGAAAAAUCAUUUCGUUUAGAGAAAAUAGUGAAAGCGCUGGAAAAUAGUAAUACGCAUGCGCGAAUUCUCGCAAUGCAUUAUGGGUGGAUUGAGCCAGCGGGGAAGAAGGAACGGAGUUAACAAAAUGGCGGCCAAGCUGGGGUCUGUGACCAUAUAGUACGCGUGAAAUCUGUAAAUUUUUUUAUGAUGUUGUGAUGCUCCUUAUCAAUCUUAGUAAUUUCGUGAGCGCGUGUGCUUCUGGUUCUUGUUAAUCCGAAAAUUGUACAAUUCUGUGCGCAGUGAAUGCUCGGUUGGGAUCUUUGUGUGACGCGUAGACACGACGAUGCAGAAAACAUUAGAAUCAGAAUCUGGUAAAGAGUCAGGUAAAGAAUCUGGAUCAGAUUCUGAAAACGAAAAUGGAAGUAAGAGCGACAGCAGUUCCUCCAACGGCAGUAAGUCGUCAGGUUCCGGGUCGGAUAGUGAAUCUAGCUCCUCGGGUUCCGGUUCAGCGUCUGGUUCCGAAUCAGAGAAAUCUGACAAAUCCCAAAAGUCUGAGAAAUCGGAAAAUUUAAAUACAGCUGCACAAAAUGAUAAUUAUUUGAGUAAAAGCUCUAAUCACAGCACUGAAACAAAAAGUAGGCAUAAGAGCGACUCUAGUCGCGAAUGGGAUGAGAAUCCUGAUAUAUAUGGCAUCAGAAGAUCCAAUCGGUCGAGGAAGGAGCCUGAAAGGCUCACGGCACAGCGGGAAAGCGAUAGUGAUGGCCGGAAGAAAAUUAAGAAAAAAAGUGUGCAAAAUACAUGGAAUUCUGAGAGCUCGGAUUCAGAGUCGGAUGUUGAAAGAAAAAGACCCCCUCCUAGUAAAUCGAUAAAUCGACAAGCUGCCCAAAAGGCCAAAGAAAAGGCCCGCACGCGUAAAAAGCAACUCUCGGAUUCAUCUGAAUCCGAUUAUGACAGCGAUGAGCGCAGAAGACAAGUAACGCGGAGACAAGCAGCUUCUGUGAGCUAUAAAGAAGACAGCGAGGAGAGGACAGACAGUGAGGAUCUCAUUGAACAAGAUGAGGCGGAAGUACCAGCUGAGCCUGAUAAUGCUGAAACUAUUGAACGCAUAUUGGGAAAGAGGAAGGGCAAAAAAGGAGUUACAGGAAAUGUGACGACCGUUUAUGCCAUUGAGGAAAACGGCGAUCCUAAUCCGGAGAAUUUAGAAGAAGAGGAAACCGAAAUGCAAUACUUGAUCAAGUGGAAAGGAUGGUCUUACAUACACAAUACCUGGGAGUCUGAAGAAUCUUUAAAGGCCCAAAAGGUGAAAGGUAUUAAAAAACUGGAAAACUUCAUAAAAAAAGAACAAGACAUUAAAUACUGGAGAGAAUGGGCGGGUCCCGAGGACAUUGAUUAUUACGAAUGCCAACAAGAACUUCAACAAGACUUAAUCAAAAGUUAUUACAAUGUCGAGAGAAUUAUAGCCGAAUACAACAAACCCGACUCUGAGCAUCCCGAUUAUUACUGCAAGUGGGAGAGCUUACCUUAUGGGGAUGCCACUUGGGAGGAUGGAGCUCUCAUUAUUAAAAAGUGGCCGGAACAAAUAAAGCAGUUUCGCGAGAGAGAAGAUUCAAAAAGAACCCCCAGUAAACACUGUAAAGUCCUCAGGUCAAGGCCAAAGUUUCACCAGGUCAAGGAGCAACCCGAAUACAUGGGCAAGGGCAAAGAGUUGGUGCUCAGAGAUUACCAGAUGGACGGUCUAAACUGGAUGAUUCAUUCAUGGUGCAAGGAGAACAGUGUAAUCCUCGCGGACGAAAUGGGUCUUGGAAAAACGAUACAGACAAUCUGUUUUCUCUACUAUCUUUUCCAUACUCACCAGAUGUACGGACCAUUUUUGCUAGUCGUUCCUCUCUCAACAAUGACUUCGUGGCAGAGAGAAAUGAUUCAAUGGGCCCCAGAGCUGAAUUUCGUCACGUACUUGGGUGACAUUACAUCCCGGAAUGUCAUUCGAGACUAUGAAUGGUGUUUUAGUACAAAGAGGCUAAAGUUUAAUGCAAUACUCACAACGUACGAGAUUGUCCUGAAAGAUAAAGUAUUCUUGGGACAAUUAAAUUGGGCGGCACUUUUAGUCGACGAGGCGCACCGCUUGAAAAAUGACGAUUCGCUUUUGUAUAAAGCACUCACUGAAUUUAACACGAAUCACAGACUUUUAAUCACAGGCACUCCUCUGCAAAACAGCUUGAAGGAAUUGUGGGCUCUUCUCCACUUUAUUAUGCCCAACAAAUUCACCUCUUGGGAAGAGUUUGAAAAAGAGCACGACAACGCGGCGCAAAAGGGAUACUCGAAACUCCACAAACAACUCGAGCCCUUUAUUCUCCGCCGAGUGAAAAAGGAUGUCGAAAAGUCGCUUCCAGCCAAGGUGGAGCAAAUUCUGCGAGUGGAAAUGACGUCGCUGCAGAAGCAGUACUACAAAUGGAUCCUCACAAAGAAUUACAAUGCUCUGCGAAAAGGCAACAAGGGUUCCACCACGACAUUCCUCAACAUUGUGAUUGAGUUGAAAAAGUGUUGCAAUCAUGCGUUCCUGACGAAACCAUCUGACAUUGACAAUAGAGAGAGCACCGAAGACUACUUGCAGCAAAUCAUUCGAGGCUCCGGCAAGCUGGUACUUUUGGACAAGCUUCUGGUGCGUCUACGUGAAACGGGUCACCGAGUUUUGAUCUUCAGUCAAAUGGUCCGACUCUUGGACAUUUUGAGCGAGUACCUGCAAAAAAGGCACUUUCCCUUCCAGAGGCUAGAUGGAAGCAUCAAGGGUGAAUUGCGAAAGCAAGCCUUGGAUCACUUUAAUGCCGAGGGGUCUACGGACUUUUGCUUUCUACUCUCGACCAGGGCAGGUGGCUUGGGAAUAAAUUUGGCGACUGCAGACACUGUCAUUAUUUUCGACUCUGACUGGAAUCCGCAGAAUGACUUGCAGGCUCAGGCAAGAGCGCACCGUAUCGGUCAAAAGAAUCAAGUCAACAUUUAUCGGCUUGUGACGAAAAACUCGGUCGAGGAAGAGAUUGUGGAGCGAGCGAAGCAAAAGAUGGUGCUUGAUCAUCUUGUCAUCCAGCGGAUGGACACUACGGGAAGGACUGUCCUGGAUAAAAAGAGUUCAAACACCAACAACAAUCCCUUCAACAAGGAAGACCUGAAUGCUAUUCUCAAGUUUGGUGCCGAGGAAUUGUUCAAGGACGACGAAGAUGGCGAUGAGGAGCCAACUUGCGACAUUGACGAGAUUUUGCGGCGAGCGGAAACACGAGACGAAGCCCCGGCGACAGUUGGUGAUGAGCUGCUCUCGGCCUUUAAGGUUGCCAGCUUUGCUGCCUUCGAGGAAGAGACGGAGCCAAUCAAAGAAGCUAAUGAAAAUGAGGAGGAGAGUAGAGAUUGGGCGGAAAUCAUCCCGGAGAAUUUCAGGAUAAAGGUGGAAGAGCAGGAAAAGUCGAAAGAGAUGGAGGAUCUUUACCUGCCACCACGUAGUCGGAAGACACUGCAGCAAAUAAAUGAGAGAGAUGGAAGAGGUCGAAAGCGGAAAAAGGCGCAGGAAGAGGAGGAGGAGGAAAGUGAUGAAGGGGACGAGUCGGGAAGUGAGGGAGAUGGAAGUGAUGAUGAUCGGCCGAAGAAGAGAGGAAGACCUCGUGCGACGCCUCGUGAAAAUGUCAAGAGCUUCACGGAUGUGGAAAUACGAAGAUUCGUCAAGAGUUACAAGAAGUUUCCUGCCCCGUGGAAGAGGCUAGACGACAUUGCGGCUGAUGCAGAGCUGCAAGAGAAGCCCGUUCCCGAGCUUAAGUUCUUGGCUGAACAAUUGAAAACGAGGUGUGAUGAGUGCUUGACCGAGUAUGAAAAUACUGUGUCGACAAAAGACCAGAAGGCUGAUGAAGACGCCAAGGGACCUGGACGCAAACGUGGACGUGGGCCAACUUUCAAAAUGGGCGGUGUUAUGGUGAACGCGAAAUCCCUCUCGGCUGCAGUCAAAGAACUCGAGCCACUCGACCAAGCUCUUCCAGCUGAUGCCGAACAACGAGCAAAUUGGCACUUGGAUAUUAAGGUGAAACCAGCAAAUCUCGAAUGCGAAUGGACAAUCGAGGAUGAUUCGAGAUUGCUGAGAGGAAUCUAUGUACACGGAAUGGGAUCUUGGGAAGCGAUUAAAGCAGAUGCGAGUCUGAAACUUAGCGAAAAGUUGCAAGCAAAUGGUAGCAAAUCACAGUGGAAACGAAUUAGUACUAGAGGAGAAUAUCUUUUGAAAGUCGUGAAAAAGCAAAUUGAUCAAAAAUUGGGAGUGGGUUACGUCCUCAUUCCACAAGUUGAAUCCCUCUCCAAGACGCGAACUAGAAAACCAAGAAAGACUAAAGAUGUCACCAAAGCUAUUACAAAGGAGAUAGUAGAGGACAAUGAUAGUUCUGCAGACGAAAACAAGAAACCCAAGCCAAAGAUUGAGAAACCACCAGAGAAGAAAGACGAGGAAGUUGCAGUAAAGAAACAAGUCAAAGAAAAGGAAAAAGAAGAGGCAGAACCAGUAACGGAAGAGAAAAAGAAGGAGAAAAAGGUGAAGAAAGAGAAGAAGGAGAGUAAAAAGAGCAAAAAAAAUAAACAGCCCGUAGGACCGAUGCAUUUUACAGCCAAUAACGAGCCAAGAGCCCUGGAUGUUUUGGGUGAUUUGGAUCCUAGUAUCUUCAACGAGUGUAAAGAAAAGAUGAGACCUGUGAAGAAAGCCUUGAAAGCACUGGACAAGCCAGAUCAAACUUUGAGUGAAUCGGAUCAGCUCGCUCACACACGCAACUGUCUAGUGCAAAUUGGAAAUCAAAUCACCACGUGUCUAUCAGAGUACAAAGACCCGGAACAAGUUAAGGAAUGGAGAAGUAAUCUGUGGUACUUUGUCUCCAAAUUCACCGAGUUUGAUGCAAAGAAACUCUACAAGUUGUACAAGCAUGCGAUUAAAAAAGGAGAUGGCAACGCAAGCAUGACAUCAACACCGGAAAAGAAGGAAGAAUCGACUCCUACAAAGAAACAGGAAGAAAAAUCGGAGAAACACGUGACAAAAGCUGUGGCGGACACCUCGAAAGAGUCUCGGCCAGUGAAACGAAGAAUAGAAGAGGCGGAAGACAGUUCCAACAAUGUUCCUGUAAAGAAACAUUUGCUCUCGAGUUCCGCCUUAGGUAAUAUGAGUAGCAGCGCGUCUUCUGUGACGAUUGGCGCAAUCACCAUCACGCCUGUCACAUCGACACCAAACUCGACCCCAAGCACGACAAAUAGUGUCGACACGUCGAGGCACAAGGAUUCCAAGGAUCCGGUGAAGCACAACAAAGACGUGAAGAGAGAUCGCGACCGAGACAGGGACAGGGACCGUGACCGGGACCGAGGUCACAAUGAUAGAAACAUGGACAGGUUGGGCGGCGGAGGUAAAGAUGAGAGAAUCAGGCGAGACAGUGGUGGUUAUGGAAUGGGUGGACAUUAUAGUGGGAAUCGAGAAGACGAUCAUUGGGCGCCAAGAGACGGAAGAGAUCAUCGGGACAAUAGGUUCGGAGAUCACAAAAGGGAAAGGUUUGACAAUUACGGCCGCAUGGGCGGUGGUGGUGGUGGUGGUGGAGGAGGAGGAGGAUAUCACCGUGAUCGGGAUCGGGACCGUGAUCGUAUGCAUAUGAACGACAAGAGAAAUGACUACUACCGAUAUCCAUCAGGACCACCUCCUUAUGGCGGAGCAGGUGGUUAUGGUGGUUAUGGCGGUGGGGCAGGAGGCGGAGUAGGCGGAGGUGCACCUGGAGGAUAUCCACCUCCAGAUGGACCUCAGGGUCACUUCAGGGGUCGAAAUAAUUAUCCGAACGAUAACUAUCAGGGUGACUGGAGGCCCAACAAAGACUACAGACGAGACUAUGAUCGGAGGCCUCCUCCGCCAAACGCCAACUCCUAGUGCACUUUUUUCGUCACCGUCCCGGAUCCCUUUCAUUAAUCAGUUGUAGUCUUAUUUGACUGCAGUGACUGAAACUGCGCUUUCUGAUUAAUUGUGCCGAUCAAAGGAAGGGAUAAAAGUUCGAGUGCAAGCAUCAAUAGGAUGUCAGUUUUUUUGUUUUUUAUAAAGAAAAAAACUCCGACAAGAGUCGGAUGGACAGAUGCUUUAUUUUACAUUAUGCUGUGGAAAAAGUUUACUUUGUCAAGUUACUACGUGCUUGGACUACUCUGUUGUGCAAUUCUGGCAGAAUCAAGUUAAACAGUUCCGAGGAAUAAUAUGUUUAAUCUGCCAUUUUUUCCCUCCUCUUUUUUUUUUUUCUUCUUCACAAAAACUACUUUCGUGGAUCUAUGCAGUUCACUUUGCAUUUUCAAUACAAACUGUGUACACUUGUAUAGUUUAUGUGAUGGAGUUUUUGUAAAGCCGUUUGACAUGACUUUGGUGUAUGUCCUGCUGAUUCAUUUAUUUAUUUCGAUAAAGUGUUGGAAAUUCGUCAUGCUGUACUCACAAUGUACAGUGUGGCGUUUGAAAACUGUUUACAAACAAUUGCAAUUUUUAUUAAUAUCUAAACAAAAAGCGCAUCCGAUAGUUUAGAUCAUUUGUAAAUAGAUGCCUGCGACUCUGAGAUGAACUCUUGUCCUAAUUUUUUUGUUUUUUAUUUUUUGUUUUGCUUUACAAGGCUACAAAGAAACUUAAAUUACGAGUUUUUAUUGUGUAUCUUUUUCUACUUGUAAAUGUUUUGAUCUGCUCUCUGAACUGAAUAUCCCAAACACACAAAAUCAGAUUUUUAUGCUUCAAAUUCAAAUGAGCGCGCUCGAGUUUUUAACAAAGUGGAUGUUUUCGUGUACUGAAGAGAUGAAUCUUUUAUACACCGCUUUUUCGUUCUGCACUGCACAGUACAUUUUUGUCUAUGAAAAAUGUCAAGUACGUUUGUAUUUAAUGCGACAAAAGAAGAAGAAAACAAAACGUGAUAUGUUUACCAUCUCGGUAUUUAGUGUAAAAAGUAAUUUAUGUCGAUAUCUUUAUUUCCUCUUUUUUUUUUCUCACUGUGAAACGACGCAAGUACUUUGUAUACUGAACGCUUUGGAUAAUUGAUCAUGUAAAGAAAAUUCUAUUUUGUAGAUCGCUUUUAUUACAGCAAUGAAACUAAUUAGUUUGUCGUCGGUCGAAACUUUAUAGUGUGCAUUUGUGUAAAUAAUGGAAUGCAUCGGAUAUAUAAGUGAGAGUCCCCCGGAGUCGAGAAAAUCCAUCACGGUUAAUUAUGUUUAGGAAAUUGGAAAAAAAAAAAGUAAAGGAAAAGUUUUCGCCCAUUAUAAGGGAUAGCGAGAUAAUUGUCGCGCACCGAGUGGUUAAUUUAAGUUUGUCUAUUGAAGUGCAAGUUUAUCACCUAAACAUAGUAAACUGUUUAUAAUUUAUUACCACUAGCCAAGUAUAAAUCAUGAGACACUAUCGAAGGGAGGAGAAUAUGAUGUAUAUAUUAAUAAGCGAAUAAAACCUUGAUUAUUUGAUGCCGUAAGAAUAUCGUACAAGUUAAAUUGAUAAUUAUGCGAUAUGGUAUAGCAAUGUAUUUUAUCAAAUUUCGUCACUGUAGAUUGCUAAUUAUUUCUGAAAAUAUAUCUGGACAAAAAA